CUAAACAGCGGGGGGAUCAAUUUUAAUCAAAUAUGUAAUGACAAGUAUCACAAAACAUAGACAUUAGUCAUUAUUAAGCAUGGUCUGGUUCAUGUCUGAAAAGCAGUCUAGUUGGACAAAAUCAUGCAUGUUCUAAACAUUGUGGUGAUUGCAGAAUUGAGUCAGUUGUAUAAAUAGUUGAGUGGGAUCAUUCAAGAAAAAAGCUGUCCUACUGUAUUUAUUUCAAUUUGUUAUAAUCUUUGAGAGAUUCACCUGACAAUUUAGGGUCAUUCCUCACCUCAUUUUAUAAUCACCAGGACAUACACAUAGACUCACUUAUCAAGCACAGUUCUGAAUUCUGAAUCCCCUGGACAAGACGCUGAUGUAGUUGAACAAAGUACAAAUCCAUUUUGGUACAAAAUGUGUUUUAUUGCAUGUCAGGUGCGAAGUAAGGCAGACUGAAACCCUAGGUUCAUUAGAAGAUGCAUCAAGGUCGUCUAAGACUGCGACCCUGGCUUGAGGAGCAGAUACAGUCAGGGAAAUACCCAGGGGUCACCUGGCGUGAUGAGACAGCUCAAGUUUUUCAGAUUCCUUGGAAGCAUGCGGCUCGACAUGGUUGGAAUAUAGACAAGGACGCCACUUUGUUCCGAAACUGGGCGAUACACACAGGCAGAUACAAACCUGGGAUAGACAAGCCUGAUCCUAAGACAUGGAAAGCCAACUUCCGAUGUGCCCUGAACUCUCUACCCGAUGUGAAAGAGCUACAAGACAAGAGCAUCAAGAAGGGCAGUAAUGCCUUCAGGGUUUACAUGAUGCUGCCUGUUAUUAAAAUGACCAAACAAAGAAAAGGACUAAAGGAGUCAGAUGUUGCCAUUAAACAAAGUCUGAUCUCCCUCUCAGAAACUCAGGCAGGUUCUUGUGCGCCACUGGAUAGGUUUGCAGAGGUUUUCCUGAAGUAUAGAGGUGGGCAGGCCAGUCACAGCCCUGGUAUCUUUCAUGUCAAUGACAAUUACCCUCCCUACAACACCAUAAAGGAUGAACAGUCACCAGAACAGUCCUACUCUCACCAGUCUUCCUUCACAACUGAAGUGCAUGAAAGUUCUGAUACUACCACUGAUGACAAUGAGCAAGCAGAGGCUGUAUUCAAGAUAGUUGAUCACCUAAAAACCAUAGAGCACUGGAGCCAGUCUAAUGAAAACAGAAGCAGCUGGAGGGCAGCAGCCACCGGCUGGGUGGACUGUUACUGUGAGGAUAUGGAUUACUUUGGGUAUCCCUUACAGACCGAUUGCUACACACACAGUGCACAGCAAAGACCACUUCUAUAAGACGAGUGGGAGCAACAUGCAUCCAACAGACUGCCAUGCUAAAAUCCCUGAAAAAGGUGGGAAAAAAACGUUCCAAGCCAAGCCAGGCACAUCUCUAUAAUACUGUAUUCAGAUGAAUUGUAAGACUAACCAAGCAGUUGAGAGCACAUACAGUACAUUAAAAAUGAUUGAGUUAAUCACAUUAAGCUGAACAGGU